AUGUGGAGUUCGCUGAGUACGUGCGCGUUCCUUGCGUACUCGAUUGUAUCGGUCCUUAGGCAGCAGAUCAAGCCUACGCGCCAUGUGCAUGGCGUCGUGAGCAGGAAGCAUUGGGCACCUAAGAAUACGUUCAUUCCGGACUACGCGAAGAUGCGCUGCAUCGUGCGGGCGCCCCGGGGUGAAGUAAAGGCUCUGCGGGAGCGCGUCAAGGCAUGCUUGGAGUGCGUCUGUUCCCUCCUUCUCGCUCCGAAUGAAGGAAGGCUGAUGGCGCGCUCGCCUUUGCGUCUCAAGAGACGCUGCUCAUGCGAUGGACAGUCAUCCCGGCGCAGCUCCCCCUCCCUCCACCUGAAGUUCAUCCCCACGGAGCCCAACGGCGGCGACCACACGCCCCAGUUCACCAAGGCCGCGGGUAUGCUCGAGGUGCACUGGCUCGUGAUCAAGACGAUCAAGGCACUCGCGCUGACGGGCUUCCGAGUCGUGGACGAUGCAGAGUCCGUUGAAAACGUGCGUAGAUUUGUUUCUCCUUUGCAUUCUGAACGUGCGGGUUGA